AUGAGCCAGCCUAGUAGUGGUUCCUCGCCUGCCGGAACAAAAAUUGUUUCUCAACAAGUGGCUCCAUCGGUCGCCGGAGUUUCUUCUUUGCCUGCCAGUUCCCAUGUCGCCGGAACAUCUUUGACUCCCUCCGCCGCUGGAGUGCCUCCACAAAACGUAAGUACCAUUGACGUCACAACAAAUCAACCAAUUGUAAUUGCUCCUUCUGUCGCCGGAGUGCCUACAAGUUCCACCGCCGCCGGAACAACUUAUGCCAUAGCUACCACAGUUGCCAAUGUUCAACAUAACCAACAAAAUUUUGCUGAAAAUAAUUUAAGCUCUUCUGCACAGCUUAAUUUGGAAGGCCUUCAAAGUCAGAUCAACAUUCUUCAGGCCCAGUUGUUAAAUGCCCAGCGAGCGUUGUCGAUUGCCACAAACGCUAAUUCGACGCCGAGUUCUUCAGCCGCCAUGCCACAGCCAUCCAAUAUGGCGCCGCCAGUAACGGGUACCAGCGAAGUCAACGUUGACAAUUCUGCCUCAGCCAACGUUGACUGCACUGAACGUCGUACGCCAUUUUAUUCGGUAAGCUGCAAUGAAAAUAAUUUUUCGAAUUUGUGUGGAAGUCAACCGUUGCCGCCAAAUUUCCGAUUGUCUCAAAAUGGUGGUUCGUUAUUGAUGCAUCGAAAAAUUUAUGAUUUACCGGAUUUUAGUGGCUCGCCUGAAGAUUGGCCCAUGUUCUCAACGGCUUUUAAUCAAUCGACUGCUGUUUAUAAUUAUAAUAAUUUUGAAAAUUGUUUAAGGCUCCAAAAAGCAUUGAAGGGUGAUGCCCGUGAAUGUGUGAAGUCGUUGCUGAUCCAUGCAGAUAACGUGAGUAUGGUUAUUGAACAAUUGUGUUUUCAAUAUGGUCGCCCAGAGAUGCUUAUUCGUUGCCAGCUACAACAAGUGAAAGAAAUUUCGCCCAUUAGUGAAAGUGCUGUGGAUAAACUUGUGCCCUUUGCUGUUAAAGUGCGGAAUCUUGCCGCCUUUUUGGAAACUGCUAAUGGACAACAGCAUUUAGCUAAUCCAACAUUAAUGGAAGAAUUGGUCGGAAAGCUUCCAAUGAGUAAACGAAUGGAGUGGGCCCGCUGUGCCUCAACAAUAAAACCAUACCCAACUAUUUUGGAUUUUAGCAAAUGGCUCAAAGAUGUUGCUGAUUUGGUAAGAAUGGUGCAAACUACAAGUGGAAAUCGUCAAAAUAAUGAACCAAAAAGAAAAGUUGUCCUUCAUGCUGCUGAUGGUCAACGUAAACAACAAGAAUGCCCUAUGUGCCAGGCAAAUCAUAAAAUAUUUGAUUGUAGAAAAUUUGGUUCUUUAAGUAUGCCUAAUCGUUGGAGUGAAGUGAAAAAAAUGAGGUUAUGUUUUUCGUGUCUCGGUUGUGGACAUUCGAGUAGAUUUUGCCGUUAUCGAAAGACGUGUCCCGUAGAUGGUUGCCUAAGAAAACAUAACAAAUUAUUACAUGAUGUCAAGAUUAUUGAUGGUGGAAAAAAUGAGCUUUCGUCAGAGUCGCCUGCUCCAAGUGGUUCCACAAAUGAAAAUGAGUCUGUUCUUAGCUGUGUGUCUAAAGCUGCAGAUAAAGGUGUGUUGUUGUUCCGAGUGGUGCCAAUUGUGCUUUAUGGUCCCAGUAACAAAAUUGAAACCUAUGCGUUGUUGGAUGAAGGUUCGUCGGUUACUAUGGUGGACAGCUCCUUGGUGAAGAAACUUGGUCUUCAGGGGCAUCAAAGUCAAUUGAAUUUAAAUUGGUAUGCUGUUAAGGCAUCGCAAGAAACGGCAACAGUGGUUGAUAUGCACGUAAGUGGAAUUGGUAAGCAGAGAAAAUAUGCCUUGCGAAACGUUUAUGGAGUUUCAAAUUUAAAAUUGCCGGCCCAAAGCUUCAAUAUGGAUUUAAGUCGCCAUCCUGGUUUGCCCAUUAAAUUAUAUAAUGAUGUUGUUCCCAAAGUUCUGAUUGGAUUAGAUCAUUGUCAUCUGGGACUUCCUGAUGAAAUUGUGUCUCUGGAUGAAAAUGGUCCAUAUGCUGCUAACACCCCAUUAGGAUGGGUCGUAUUUGGGAAAAUGAUGGGUAAGCAAUCUAGCGAAAAUUUGUGUCUUUUGUCAGUUCAGCCAGAGCAAAGACUCUAUGACUUAGUGGCAAAUUAUUUUGAAACGGAGAAUUUUGGUGUGAAAUUAUUGCCGGUCAUAGAAUCAAAGGAUGACUUACGGGCUCGAAAAAUAUUGAACGAAACUACAGUUAAGAUUGAUGGUAGAUUCCAAACUCGGCUCUUGUGGCGUGCAGAUGAUGUUGUGUUGCCUGAUAGCUACUCCAUGGCUCUAAAUAGACUUGUUGGUAUUGAGCGAAAGAUGAAAAGAAGUCCUGAAUUUGGUGCUGCCUACAAAUCCAUCAUGAGGGAUUAUUUGUCCAAGAGCUAUAUACGUAAAUUGUCGCCUAUUGAAGUUGCUGAUUUGUGCCCCAGGACUUGGUAUCUUCCACAUUUUGGAGUGGUUAAUCCUAAUAAGCCGGGAAAAAUUCGUUUGGUGUUUGAUGCUGCCGCAACUGUUGAAGGUGUUUCCCUGAAUUCUAAACUGCUAAAAGGCCCGCAGCAAUAUAAGCCGCUGCCAUCGGUUUUAUUUAAUUUUCGAGUUGGUGCUGUAGCAGUGUGUGGAGACAUCAAAGAAAUGUUUCACCAGGUUAUUGUAGCUCCUGAAGAUAGAUGCUCUCAAAGAUUCCUUUGGCGCGAAGACACUAGAGAACCACCUGAUUCUUAUGAAAUGCUCGUUAUGACUUUUGUGAAGUCGAUUGUUGAUCAUCAUUAUGUAGAUGAUUUUGUGGAUAGUUUUCCGACGUCAGCAAGGGCCAUUGAGAUUGCCAAACAAGUGCGCGACAUUCAUAAAUCAGCUGGGUUUGAACUACGUAAUUUUUCAUCGAACUCUUCAAAAGUAAUUGUGGCUCUUAAAGGUACAGUGGAAAGUCCGGUGAAUUUUUCCAGCGAUGUCAACCAGCUACAAUCAGAGAAGAUACUUGGUAUGUAUUGGCAACCUAAAGAUGAUACUUUCAGGUUCAAUUUGAAGUUCCACAACGUGAAUGCUGAUGUUAUAGAAGGUAUGAGGUGUCCAACAAAACGCGAGCUUUUAAGUGUGGUUAUGUCUGUUUUUGAUCCACUUGGCUUCCUGAGCUACUACAUGAUAACGGCAAAGUUACUGAUGCGUGAAGUUUGGAGACACAAUAUACGAUGGGAUGAUGCAUUGCCCGGAGAAUUAAACGAGAUGUGGAAUAAUUGGCGCCAAGAGCUACAAAAUGUCAUCAAUGUUAAAGUGCCUCGAUUUUAUUUUAGAAAUGGUUUUCCUUCUCGCCUGGAACUACAUGUUUUUGUCGACGCUAGUGAAGAUGCAUUUGGUGCCGUGUCAUACUGGAGGUCUAUAAAUGCUGAUAACAAAAUUGAAGUGACUUUUGUAGCUGCAAAAACUAGAUGUGCUCCUCUGAAAGCGAUGAGUAUUCCUCGGCUCGAACUUCAGGCUGCUGUAUUGGGUACUCGUUUGAUGGGUACAAUUUUGAAGGAACAUUCCAUUAAGGUAUCAAAAAUCGUUUGCUGGAGUGAUUCAACCACCGUAGUUAGUUGGAUUGGAUCUGAAAGUCGAAGAUAUAAACCUUUUGUUGCCCAUAGAAUUACUGAGAUUCUUGAUUCUACUAGCCCAGCAGAUUGGAGAUGGCUGCCAACAAAUCUUAAUGUUGCCGAUGAAACUACCAGAAUGAAAAGCCAGGUUAAUUUUUCAGAUGAUUGCCGCUGGUUUACGGGACCUAAAUUUCUAUACGAAUAUGAAGAUGAAUGGCCAAAAACGCAGGAAAUACCUACUUGUAGCCUAGACACUGAAGAACUUCGUCCCAAAUUUGCUUUGCUGGUAAAUACCCCUGUUGUUUUUGAAUUCGAUAGAUUUUCAUCAUAUUUGAAAUUAAAACGUACGAUUGCCUGGGUGUUACGUUUUAUAAAUCGUUGCCAAAAGAAGAUUGAUCCUGAAGAAGAAAAUGGUUUAACUACUGCAGAGUUAAAAAGUGCUGACAUUUGUCUUUGCCGUCAAGCCCAACGAGAACAUUUUAGCCCUGAAAUUGAAAUGAUUAAAAAUGAAGGUACUUUGCCCAAAAAUAGUGAGUUGUAUGCCCUGUCUCCAUAUAUGGAUGAAAAUUCAUUACUUCGAGUUUAUGGUCGUGUGGAUGCAGCUAGUUGGUUACCAUUGGAUAUAAGGCGACCGAUUAUAUUGCCGUCGUUUCAUCCUGUCACCGAGUUGUUUGUGGCCCAUGUACACGAAAAAAUGAAACAUCAAAAUUUUGAAGCUACAGUUUGUGAAAUUCGAAGAUCAUUUUGGAUUCCCCGCCUUAGAAAAAUUUUGCGUAAGCGCGUUUCUAAUUGUUUUAUUUGCAGAUUUCGUCGUACAUUGCCGGUGCCACCACUUAUGGGUUCUUUGCCAAAAGACAGAUUGACGCCAUAUAUUCGUCCAUUUUCCUACACUGGUUUGGACUAUUUUGGUCCACUCAUUGUAACCAUUGGUCGUCGCCAUGAAAAACGCUGGGUGGCCUUAUUUACUUGCCUGACCAUAAGAGCCAUUCAUUUGGAAGUCGCUUUCGAUUUGUCAACCGAUGCGUGUAUUCUUGCCAUACGCAAUUUUAUAAAUCGACGUGGCCUGCCUACAAGACUGAGGAGCGAUAAUGGUACAAAUUUUGUUGGUGCUGAUAAAGUUGCCAAGAGGUUCAGAGAAGUAUUUGAUGUGGCUCAAAUUCAAGAUGAACUUACAUCUAAAGGUAUAGACUGGCAGUUUAAUUGUCCACAUAAUCCUGCAGAAGGUGGUAUAUGGGAACGGAUGGUCCAAUGUGUAAAGCGUGUGUUGCAGUCAACUUUGAAAGAAUCCGCUCCUCGUGAACACACACUGCAAAGUUUCCUGAUUGAAGCGGAAAAUAUUAUGAAUUCCCGUCCGUUGACACACUUGCCGUUGAGCCACGAAGAUGAAGAACCACUAACGCCUAAUAAUUUUUUGUUGGGUUGCCCUAAUACAACACAAACUCCUGCCGGAGCAAAAGACGAACAGCCUGUUGUACUAAAAAAGCAGUGGCGCAUUUCCCGUCAGCUACGUGAUCACUUCUGGAACAGGUGGAUAAAGGAAUAUUUGCCCACGUUGACUAGACGCUCCAAAUGGUGUCAACGUACGAAGCCUAUUGCUAUUGGUGAUUUGGUUCUAAUUUGCGAUCCAGCCGUGUCCCGUAGAGAUUGGAAACGAGGCAGAGUGGAAGAGGUGUUUAAAGGUAGAUAUGGUGUUAUUCGUCGUGCUGAUGUACGUACUAGUACAGGAAUACUAAAGCGACCUGUUUCCAAACUUGCUGUCCUUGAUUUGGAGUAG